AUGGCUUCUUCUACUGCUUCAACUUCUGCUACCGCCUCAGUUCUUUCUCCUACACUGGCUUUCACUUCAUCUACACAAUCUGUUCCUCUGCUAAUGGCCAAUGCUACGGUCUAUGCUGUGAAAGAAGGUGACGAAACCUUCGUCCCCAUCUCGGGCAUGGAGGAAGCUAGCUUCAAGAUUUUCAAUUCUCAGGUACUUCUUCCCUUCUCUCUUCAAGAUGGUACCACCCAUACUUUUCUGGGUCCUUUCAUAGGUCAGAAUAAGAAAAAGUUUGGAAAUGAGCUAUGUGCUGCGGGGAUAGGAGCCAGGGUAGACAGUGUUCAAUAUGCUAAAGACAUUACUAGGCUUAGACGUAUAGUUAAUCUACUAUACCCUGAUGUUUCUAGAAGGCCUAAAGUGUUAGGCCCUGGUGGUUUCUAUGGUAAGGAGUGGUUUGAAAGCUUCUUACUGAAUGUUGGGCCUGGUGUGGUUGAUGGAGUGACCCACCACAUUUACAACCUUGGUGCUGGCGUUGACAAGGAUAUUAUCAACAAGCUUCAAGACCCAUAUUACUUGAGCCAAGUUGCUGAAACUUUCAAAAGUGUUGCUCAAGCAGUCAAGGAAUUCACGCCAUGGGCAGCACCAUGGGUUGGGGAAGCUGGAGGAGCCUAUAACAGUGGUAGCAAAGAUGUGUCUCACACUUUUGUUAAUGGGUUUUGGUUAGUCUAA